GCAUGCGCUGACGUCAUUUCGUUGUGCAUUUCCUCUUUAAACAGACGGGGUUAACAUCUAUCGUCAAAAUGAACUUAAUAUGAGCGUAGAGCAAUAUUUUGCUGUAGGAUUAGCCAUUGCUAUUGUAGGAGGAUGGCUUUUCGAUUGGCUUAUGCACACAGUAGCUAUUAUAUAUGGAAUACGACGUUUACAUCGACAACUACCUACACCUUCCCCGGAAGACCUCCCGGGGGUAUCUAUCAUUAAGCCUCUUGUUGGUGUUGAUCCUCAUCUGUAUGCAAACUUAGAAUCUUUCUUCAAAUUACAAUAUCCCAACUUUGAAAUUUUAUUUUGCGUUCAAGAAGAAAGUGACCCUGCUAUAAUGAUUGUUCAGAAAUUGAUGGAACUUUAUCCUAAAGUAGACGCUAAAUUAUUUAUAGGAAUUAAAUAUAUUUGUCCAAACGGAAAAAUUAACAAUAUGAUCAAAGCCUAUGAAGCAGCAAAAAAUGAAAAUCUAUUGAUCUCAGACAGUUGUAUCAAAAUGAACGAGAAUACUUUAAUGGAAAUGGUUUGUUGUCUGAAACCUGAUGUUGGAAUGGUUGUCCAGAUGCCAUUCUUUGAAAAUCGUCCAAAACUGGGAUUUGCCAGUGUUUAUGAAAAGGUUUACUUUGCGACUUUCAAUGCCAGAAGUACACUUGGUGGUUUUGCUACAGGAAUAAAUGCCUGUACUGGAAUGUCGUGUUUAUUUCGGAGAGAACCUGUUGACAAAGCCGGUGGGUUAGCUCCCUUGGGACAAUAUCUCUCUGAAGAUUAUAUUCUUAAUCACACUAUUACACAAGCUGGUUACAAAUCAGUCCUAUGUACAUCAACAGCUCAACAAAAUAGUGGCUAUUCAUCAGUAGGCACUUUCCAUAAAAGGAUUAUCAGGUGGUCUCAAUUAAGGAUUGCUCUCUUGCCACACCUGAUUAUUUUAGAGCCGUUGUCAGAAUGUAUGCUGAUGGGUGCUUGUGCUUCAUGGGCUAUAGAAUACUUAUUCGGAAUUAGUUCGAUGGGCGUGUUUUUAAUGCAUAUUUUAUUAUGGUUCUUGUUAGAUUAUACACUGUUGAGAGUAGUAGAGAAUGGUCCUUUACCUUUUUCCAAAUUUGAAUUUGUGGUAGCCUGGUUGAUGAGGGAGACAUUAGCUUUAUUUCUAACAUUACAAUCUCAUAGAAACACUAUCGUCAAAUGGAGACAUAAACAAUACAAACUCAACUGGGGCGGAAAGAUCGAAGAAGUAUAGUCGUAUUAACCAUUGUAAUCCAGUCAUCACAAGUCACAUGGGGCUCGCCAUGUCAUCAAAGUUCAUUCAUUAGCACUAAGGAAACGGAAUAUAUCACAGUGCUAGAAAUCGUCUUUUUUAUAUUUAGUGUAUUCAGUCCUACGCUCAAGUCAGUUAUGCGUUUGAUAUAACUGGGUAUUUCUGUAAAGCAUGAGCAUCAAGGUGACAGUGAUUGAGAAAUAAUAAGAUGAAUUGUAGAGCAAGGAAUUGCUCCUCUACAUGUAAUUAUUAGUGAUGCAUGCUUGAAGUAGUCUCUUCAUAUGUGAAUUGAUUUAAAUUCUGUAAGAUUCAUAAAAAUGAAUAUUGCUAUAGUGUGUGUUUGUUUUCU